AUGACGGAUCGUUCGAAUCGAGAUGUUGAAUAUAUUGUUAUACCAAAUCGAAAACCAAAGAUAACACCACGUUAUUAUUAUUAUGAUGAUGAUGAUGAUGAUAAUGAUUCACAACUAAUUACAACUAGUAGAAGAAUAGUUCGAACAAAACCAAUUGAAGAACCACGAACAAAAUAUCUCGAAAUGAACAAUCUUGAGUCUGAAGAUCGACGACAAAAUGUAACUGAAUUCAAUGAUAAUGGAAUAAAAAUACGUCAGACAAAUGAUGGUGAGCAAAUCAUACUUGACGAAGAUGAUAAUUUUAUCAAAAUAAUUCGAAAUACACGAACACCAACUCCACCAAUUGCUGAAAAUCGACGACUCAGAAUUCGUCGCCAUGAACCUCGAACAGUUUAUUAUGAAACUACAAAUGGUGAUGUAAUAGUACGUCCACCAAAAAAUCAUGAUUUAAUUAAGAAAAGAAGUGAAUAUAUUUAUACUGAUGAUGAACCAACAAAAGUCUUACGAAAAGUAAUUAUUAAGCCUACAAUCAAUGAUUAUGAGACUAUUUAUGAAAAAGAUAAAUCAAAAAAAUAUUCACCAAAAAAAGUUAAGAUGCGAAAACCUAUUAAUGAAAUACCAGUUGAUACUCAUGCUGACUAUGAACAACAACCAAAAUAUGUUCAAAUUGUACGACGACGAAUAAUACCAAGAGAAGUAAUACCAAAAAAAGAAUCACCAACAAAAUAUGUGAUGAUUAGAAAAAAACUCCAUUCCGAACCAGCAUAUACAACAACAUCACCUAUUCCAACAGUGAGAACUAAUCGUCGUAUUGUUUAUGAAGAACCAAAAAAAAAUACAUCAACUAAAUAUGUAUAUGCAACUGAUGGAAAAUAUUACAAAUGA